UACACUGACUGGAGUCCAGACUGUCCGGUAUUAGUAGCAGCAGCGGAUUUGCAUCCGUCGACGGUCGACGCGCGUAGCAGCAAUCUGCAAGCUGAAUAGGAAAGAUUGCAGAAGCCGCUUUUAGUAGUUUCAGAAUUGUUUUGGGGGGAUCGACCAGGACCAAGAAGGGGGGGGGAGGGGGGGGGGGGAGACAGGGAGAGGAGUCGCCUCGCCGGCCGUGGAUCGAUAGGAUUGGGAGUUGGGGAGUUUGGAGGGAGAGGAGAGGAGAGGAGAUGGAGACGGACAGCCCGCGGAGCCCGGAGGCGGAGAUCGGGCACCGGGUGGAGGACCUGUGGGAGGUGGCGCAGCCGCAGCUGUCGCCGUCGGAGAAGCUCAACUUCUGCUUCGAGGACAUCCCCGUCGCCGCCUUCCCGCGAACCCAUCCCUCGCAAGUAAUAGAGAUACCUUCUGAUGCCAGCCUUGCUGAUACUGUUGAAACAUUGUCGAAAAACAAAAUUUUGAGUGCACCCAUAAGAAACGUUGAUGCACCAGAGGAUGCUAGUUGGAUAGACAAAUACAUUGGUAUUGUGGAAUUUGCUGGUGUUGCAAUGUGGUUACUUCAUCAGCAGUUCGACACUUUAGCUAAUGGGAUGACUGGUUCUGCAGUAGGAUCGCCUGUAGCCAAUCUAGCAGCUAGGUUAGGCUCUUUCACAUUCAGACGGACGUCAUCUGGCAGGGUAGAAACUACUACCGAUUCAGAAUCAGAUGAAGCUGCAUCGGUGGGUGGAAGCUUUUUUGAAACCCUUACUUCCUCUGAGUUCUACAAGAACACAAAGGUUGGCGAUAUCUCAGGAAGCUUCCGAUGGGCACCAUUUCUUGCCCUCCAGACGUCUGAUACAUUCCUCACAAUGUUGCUUCUUCUAUCAAAGUACAGGAUGAAGAGCCUCCCAGUUGUAGAUAUGGGGGGCAAUCAUAUUGAGAAUAUCAUUACACAAUCCUCUGUUGUGCACAUGCUUGCAGAAUGUGUUGGACUUCCGUGGUUUGAAAGCUGGGGAACUAAGAAACUCUCUGAACUGGGUCUUCCUUUGAUGAAGCCAUACAAACUUGUUAAGGUAAAUGAAGAUCAGCCAGUCUUAAAAGCCUUCCAACUGAUGAGAGAGAAGGGGGUUGGUGGUCUGCCAGUGAUGGACACAACUGGAACAAAAGCAAUUGGUAAUAUUAGCAUAAGAGAUGUCCAAUAUCUUCUGACAGCCCCUAAGAUAUACAAACAAUACAGGACGAUCGCAGCAAAGGAUUUCCUUACCGCAGUGCGCCACCAUCUCCAGGAGCAACACGAGCCGUCCCCCCUGUUGCACGAUGUCAUCACAUGCAAAAGGGACGAUGCGAUCAAGGACAUCAUACUGAAGCUGGACACGGAGAAGAUCCACAGGAUUUAUGUGGUUGAUGACAAGGGCGACACCGAGGGGGUCAUCACACUGAGGGACAUAAUCUCCAAACUGGUACACGAGCCGCGCCAUUACUUUGGGGAUUUCUUCGAUGGUGUCGUUCCCCUACCUGCAAACAGUACCGUAUGACAUAGCAGCUUCACUCAUGUGAAAAUUGUACAUUAUCUUCUGCUCCCUUCCUUCCCUUCUUCUCAGGGUUGCAGCUGUUGUUGAUGCUUAGUUCCUUCUCACAACCUCCUGGCAUGGACAGACUAAUGGAUGGCAAUGGUGUGCAUUGAAUAAUUUGAGAAUUACCUGAGCUUUGCGAUAUUCUUGGCCUUUAGCAA